AUGGCGAGAAGGUUACAAGGCAAAGUAGCUCUCAUCACCGGCGGAGCCAGAGGGAUCGGCGCUGCGGCGGCGCGGCUUUUCUCACAGCACGGCGCCAAAGUCGUGAUAGCCGACAUCCGGUCUGACCUGGGCCGCUCCGUAUCCGAGCAGAUCCAACUCGAGUCGGGCUACCCGGUCUCGUACGUCCAAUGCGACGUCGUAAACGACUCGGACAUGCAAAACGCAGUGGACACCGCCGUUUCGAUGCACGGGAAGCUCGACAUCAUGUACAACAACGCAGGGAUAGCAGGGGAGAAGCUGGACACCCUCGAGAAGAAAAAAGUAGGCAUACUGUCGGUCGACCCGGAGGUGUUCAGGAAGGUGUUCGACGUCAACGUGUACGGAUCGUUCCUGGCAGCGAAGCACGCUGUCAGGGUGAUGGUCCCGCAGAAGGGCGGGACCAUCCUCCUGACUGGCAGUGCUGUGACUGCCAACUAUGGCAUGGUGCCGCACGUGUAUACAGCGUCGAAGCACGCGGUGGUGGGGUUGGUGAAGAACCUGUGCGUGGAGUUGGGGGGGUUUGGGAUUCGAGUGAACUGCAUCUCGCCAUUUGCGGUUGCGACUCCGUUGACUGAGGAGUCGAUGGGGCUGGACGAGAAGGCUUUCGAGGAGAUGUUCUCGACGAUGGGGAACCUGAAAGGAGUUGUUCUGAAAUCGAAGGAUGUUGCGGAGGUGGCAUUGAACCUGGUGAGUGAUGAGUCCAGGUAUCUUAGUGGGUUGAACCUUUUGGUUGAUGGUGGUUUCUGCCUCAAGAGUGCUUGA